CAUUUAUAUUUGUAAUGUAUAAAUUACUUAUUUAGACAUUGAACUUAGGUAUACAAUUCAAUUCAGGUGUUCUAGUAAUUAAAAAUUUUAUAACUUGUUCCAUGACUUGUUGAUUUGAAGUCAUAUUGAAAACAUUCAUUUAAUAAUGGAGGUGGAAAUUUUAAGUGCAUCUAGUUCAAAACCACUUGGAAGUAUAACAAUCAAUCAAAAUUCAACAAUUAAAGAUGUAAAAAAACAAGUAUCACAAUUGAAAAAAGGUUUGCCGAUUGAACGACAAUCAAUUCGAUUGCAACCGCGUGAAAAAACACUAGAUGAUAAAGUACAAGUGAAUUCAUUAAAGUUUGAUGGAGAUCGUAAAUUGUAUCUGAAAGAUUUAGGACCACAAAUUGGGUGGAAGACAGUUUUCUUAGCGGAAUAUGCAGGACCAUUAAUUGUAUAUUUAUGGUUGUAUCAAAGGCCUUGGAUAUUUUAUGGUACAUUAGAUUCAUCAGUUCAAACCCACUAUGUUGUUGACCUUGCUGCCAUUUGUUAUACGGUGCAUUAUGCCAAACGAAUAUUGGAAACAUUAUUUGUACACAGAUUUUCUCAUGCUACAAUGCCAAUCAGAAAUUUAUUUAAAAAUUGUCUGUACUAUUGGUUGUUUACAAUGUAUGUGGCGUAUCACGUAAAUCAUCCCCUCUACACUGCUCCACAUCCACUUAUUAUUUAUGGUGGGCUACUUGGAUUUGUGUUCUGUGAAGUUGGCAACUUUAGUAUACAUAUAGCAUUGCGUAAUUUACGUCCAGCUGGCAGCACUGUACGAAAAAUUCCAACACCAACAUCAAAUCCAUUUACAAUUUUAUUUAAUUUUGUAUCAUGUCCAAACUACACAUACGAAAUCGGUAGUUGGAUUGCAUUUACAAUUAUGACAUCUUGUUUACCAGCUGGAAUAUUCACAUUGGCUGGUGCUUAUCAAAUGACAAUUUGGGCUUUAGGAAAACACCGUAACUAUCGAAAAGAAUUCAGUAAUUAUCCUAAAUCACGAAAAGCUAUUUACCCAUUUGUUAUUUAAGUGGCAAAUUUUUUUAUUUUUAAAUAAAAUUUUCAUAAUGGUAUGAAAA